AUUUUAAUUGGACAGUGUUUACUCAUUCCAUUUUCUUUUUUUGUUUACUUCCAAGUCCACAAAUGCAAUUGCAUUUUGGAGGUGCAACUUUUCUUUCUAUACAUAUAUUAUUUUGUUGGAUGUGGGUCCAUUAAGCAACAAAUAAGUCUUGGUGAGUCUACCUUAACUAUUUGAACUGCCAACAACCAUCCAAAAGCAGUACUAUUAUCUUUUCAUUCACAAUUGAGUCUUUGCUCCUUAAUUGCAAUUACUACUAUCCUUCAAUCAUCAUAGCUCUUAACUUUCUUUUACACUUUCUUCCUUGCUGCUUUACUUUACCAAUCAAAUAUGGCUGCAACUUUGGUGGCAGGUGCAUUUCUCUCUGCUACUAUUCAAACCAUAGCAGAUAAGCUAAGCUCAUCGGAGUUUCGCAGUUUCAUCAGAAGCACCAAGUUCAAUUACUCACAACUGAAAGAGUUGAAAACGACACUGUUUUCUCUUCAAGCUGUGCUGGUUGAUGCAGAACAGAAACAAUUCAACGAUCUUCCUGUCAAACAAUGGCUUGAUGAUUUGAAAGACGCUAUCUUUGACACGGAAGAUCUGCUCGAUUUAAUCAACUACGAUGCCUUGAGGUGCAAGGUGGAGAAAACACCAGUUGAUCAGCUGCAGAAUUUACCUUCAUCUAUAAAGAUCAAUUUGAAGAUGGAGAAGAUGUGUAAAAGGUUGCAAACUUUUGUCCAGCAGAAAGACAUCCUUUGCUUGCAAAGAACGGUAAGUGGUAGAGUUUCUCGUAGAACCCCUUCAAGUUCCGUGGUAAAUGAAUCUGUCAUGGUAGGAAGGAAUGAUGAUAAAAAUAGACUUGUCAGUAUGCUGGUAUCAGACAUAGGCACCAGCAUAAAUAACAAUUUAGGUGUUGUUGCAAUAUUGGGGAUGGGAGGUGUCGGUAAAACGACCCUUGCACAGCUUGUUUACAAUGAUGAAAAGGUUGAACAUCAUUUUGAUCUCAAAGCCUGGGUUUGUGUAUCAGAAGAUUUUGAUGUUGUGAGAGUAACCAAGUCUCUCCUUGAAUCUGUUGUUAGAAAUACAACAUUUGCUGCUUCAAAGGUCUGGGAAAGCGAUAAUCUUGAUAUCCUCCGAGUUGAAUUAAUGAAACAAUUGAUGGAUAGAAGAUUUUUGUUUGUGUUGGACGACUUAUGGAAUGACAAUUACGUUGAUUGGAGUGAGCUAGUAACUCCCUUGUUUAAGGGAAAAGCUGGAAGCAAGGUCAUCAUAACAACACGCCUAAAAAAAGUUGCGGAGGUUGCACGCACAUUUCCAAUUCAUAAAUUAGAACCUAUAUCCGAUGAAGAUUGUUGGUCUUUGCUCUCAAAGCAUGCAUUUGGAGGUGAAGACCUUGGUCACAGUAAAUACUCAAAUUUAGAAGCAAUUGGCAGGAAGAUAUCUAGAAAGUGUGAUGGCUUGCCAAUAGCUGCCAAAGCACUCGGUGGACUAAUGCGCUCGAAGGUAGAUGAAAAUGAGUGGACUGCAAUUCUGAAUAGCGAUAUAUGGCAAUUACAAAAUGAUAAAAUUCUCCCGGCUUUGCAUUUGAGUUAUCAAUAUCUUCCGUCUCAUUUGAAAAUAUGUUUUGCAUAUUGUUCAAUUUUCUCAAAGGAUUACUCAUUUGAUAGGAAGAAAUUGGUUUUGUUGUGGAUGGCAGAAGGAUUCCUCGACUAUUCUCAAGGGGGAAAAGCAGCAGAGGAAGUGGGUGACGACUGUUUUUCUGAAUUGUUAUCCAGAUCCUUAAUUCAACAAACAAAUGAUGAUUCUCAUGAGAAAAAGUUUUUCAUGCACGGCCUUGUCUACGACUUAGCUACAGUCGUAUCUGGAAAAAGUUGUUGCAGGUUUGAAUGUGGUGACAUCUCUGAAAAUAUCCGUCAUUUGUCAUACAAUCAAGGAGAGUAUGAUAUCUUCAUGAAGUUUAAGAAUUUAUACAAUUUCAAACGCCUGCGAAGCUUCCUUCCUAUUUACUUCUCAACGGCAGGAAAUUACUUAUCCAUCAAGGUGGUUGAUGAUUUCCUACCAAAGCUCAAAAGGUUGCGUGUGUUAUCGCUAUCAAAUUAUAAAAACAUCACCAAGCUACCAGAUUCAGUUGCCAAUUUGGUGCAAUUACGUUAUCUAGAUCUCUCCUUCACUAAAAUCAAAAGCUUGCCCAAUACAACAAGUAACCUUUACAAUUUGCAAACCAUGAUUUUAGCAUAUUGUCGGGUUCUCACUGAAUUGCCAUUACAUAUUGGAAAUUUAAUCAAUUUACGUCACCUUGAUAUAAGUGGGACGACAAUAAAGGAGUUGCCUGUGGAAAUUGCUAGACUAGAAAACCUUCAAACUUUGACUGUUUUUGUAGUGGGGAAACGACAAGUAGGAUUAAGUAUCAAAGAGCUUAGAAAAUUUCCACAUCUACAAGGAACACUUACCAUCAAGAACCUGCAUGAUGUCAUUGAGGCCAGAGAUGCAGGUGAUGCCAAUUUGAAAAGCAAAGAGAAAAUGGAGAAGUUGGAGCUACAAUGGGGCGAACAAACUGAAGACUCGCGAAUAGAAAAAGACGUGCUUGAUAUGUUGCAACCAUCGGUUAACCUGAAGAAACUAAGCAUUGACUUUUAUGGUGGGACAAGUUUUCCAAGUUGGCUAGGAGAUUCUUCGUUUUCUAACAUCGUGUUCUUGGGCAUCAGUAAUGGUGAACAUUGCAUGACACUUCCACCGCUGGGGCAGCUACCUUCUCUGAAGGACCUACUAAUUUGUGGUAUGGAGAUAUUGGAGAGAAUCGGUCCAGAGUUCUAUCAUGUCCAGGCAGGAGAAGGUUCCAAUUCUUCCUUUCAACCAUUUCCGUCCCUUGAGUGUUUAAUGUUUCGCAACAUGCCAAAUUGGAAGGAAUGGCUUCCCUUUGUAGGCAUCAAUUUUGCUUUUCCUCGUCUUAAAAUUCUGAUUUUAUCUAAUUGUCCUAAACUUAGGGGGUAUUUCCCUAGCCACCUUUCUUCAAUAGAAGUAUUUAAAAUAGAAGGCUGUGCUCGUCUAUUGGAAACACCACCUACUUUCCAUUGGAUAUCAGCAAUUAAAAAAAUACAUAUUAAAGGAUUUUCUGAAAGAUCUCAAUGGUCGUUGGUUGGGAGUGAUUCUGCUUGUCAGCUGCAAUAUGCAACGAUUGAAAGGUGUGAUAAGCUAUUGUCCCUGCCUAAAAUGAUUAUGAGGAGCACUUGUCUUCAACACUUGACACUCAAUGAUAUUCCGUCUCUCACUGCAUUUCCGACGGAUGUUCAACUCACUUCAUUGCAGUCACUUCAUAUUAGUAUGUGUAAGAAUUUAUCCUUCAUGCCUCCUGAAACGUGGAACAAUUACACAUCACUUGCGAGUCUUGAGUUAUGGAGCAGCUGCGAUGCACUUACCUCUUUCUCAUUGGAUGGUUUUCCUGCGCUCGAAAGACUUCACAUUUAUAGUUGUAAGAAUCUAGAUUCAAUUUUUAUUUCAGAAAGUCCUUCACAUCAGCCUUCAGUCCUCCGGUCACUUAAAAUCAAAUCUCAUUACUCAAUUGGAUCUCUUAAAGUCAAGCUUCGAAUGGACACACUCACUGCUCUUGAAGAACUGUCUCUAGGAUGUCGAGAGUUGUCAUUUUGUGGAGGAGUUUCCCUACCUCCCAAGUUACAAUCAAUUGAUAUUCAUUCCCGAAGAACAACAGCCCCGCCUGUAACAGAAUGGGGUCUCCAAGGCCUAACUGCUCUUUCAUCAUUGAGUCUUGGAAAGGAUGAUGAUAUAGUGAACACCUUGAUGAAGGAGUCGUUGCUCCCAAUAUCCCUCGUGUCUCUGACUAUCUGUCAUCUCUAUAAUCUGAACUCCUUUGAUGGAAAUGGACUUCGACAUCUUUCCUCUCUUGAAAGUCUUGACUUUCUUAACUGUCAACAACUUGAGUCAUUGCCACAAAACUGCCUCCCUUCCUCACUGAAAUCGCUUGAAUUUUGUUAUUGUAAAAGACUUGAGUCGUUACCAGAAGACAGCCUCCCUUCCUCUCUUAAGCGACUGGUCAUUUGGCGAUGCCCUAUAUUAGAAGAAAGGUAUAAAAGGCAGGAACAUUGGUCCAAAAUUGCUCACAUCCCUGUCAUAGAAAUUGAGGACCAAGUCACAAUAUGAGCCACGGUAGAGUAAGAGAAGGAAGAGCUGCUUUGCCGUUCCUAUUCAAGGAGAAGCAUAAGUGGAAGAAAAUCAGUUCAUUGGAUGAAUUGAA